GCCGUCAGAGAUCAGAUGAAGUUCCGAAACAGCAUAAUGGAACCUAAUAAAAGGCAGGAGAUUUGGCUGUGUAUUCAGAUCAGUACAGAACGAUCCGAAGAAAACAGAAGAAAACUUCAGCUGUGAAGUAUUGCACCUUUAUAUUGCUCAAAGUAUCCUCAGGUGUGACUGAAUACUGCUUGAAUCAUGGUCAGACUGUUUGUUACGUUCAUUGCGUUGUGCCUCAUCAACGAUGCUUUCCCAGGAUCGGCCGAGCCCAAAGAUCGUUGCUCCGAUGGAAUGGACGUAGCCUUCAUACUAGAUGCUAGUGGUAGCAUUGGCAAAUAUACCUGGAAGAAUGCGUUACGUAUUUGUGAGAAUUUCGUGGAUGUAUUUGGUGCAUCUGAGGACGGUAAUCACUUUGCUGUCAUGACCUUCAGCACCGAACCACAAAUUGAUAUGAAGUUCAACAAAUACAGCGGAUCAGAUCUCAGCCGUGAAAAGAUCAAUGGUGACAUCGAUGGUUUAAAGAAAAGAAAAGGCUAUACAUUUAUUGAUAGAGCACUUCUUGCAGCAGAGAAAGAAGUGUUUACUGUCGAGGCUGGUAUGAGAAAGAAAGCCAGGAAGCUUGCUAUUGUCAUAACAGAUGGCAUCCAAACAAAGGACAGGGGCCCAUUUUUGAGUCUUUCCGAAGCUUCAAGUGGUCUGAAAUCAAAAGGUGUUGAAAUUUACGCUGUAGGAAUGGGCAGUGACGUUGACGUUUUCAAUUUACUGGACAUGACAAGCGGAGAUGGCAAAAUAUKCACUGAACGAAAUAUCUUAAGGAAGUUUGGUGAAUUUGAAAAGUUAUUUUGUUAAAGUACCUGAAAAAAUUCGAUUGGAAAGGUACUUUUUGCCAAAGGUCGAACUGAGAUUUUAAUUUAGUAGACUUUUUGAAAUAUUGCAUAUUAUUAUUUUACUAAGAGAUUUUUUCAUGAAAUGUCAUUUAUCAUUAGUCAACAACUGAAAGAAACUAAGAAAGAUAAUUGGUCUUUUAUUUCGUGUAACACAGUCACCUUGCCUGUGACAAGAACAUGACCGUUUUCUAGUGCUGAAAGUGUAUGGAACGUUACAUAAAGGGUGCAUAUAUCAAGAAAAGAGUUUCAAUAACUGUUAAGCAAAAUUUUACCGUAUUCAAGGUUUGACCAUAAAAAAGAAACAAAUAAGACUGCCAUUUGUUAAAAACUUUUUUUAUAUAUUUCAAGAGUCAAAGAUCAGGUUUGGCUUACGAUCUUUUACCUAUAUUUGGGGUAUAUGAACGUUAGGAUAUAUGGUUUAAGCUUGUAAAACAGGAAGACGUUAUUGAACGACAAAAAGUAAAAAUAAAAUUAAAACUAUCAUUUGA